AUGGCGGCCGCCAGUGAAUUCCCUUCUGAACUUUCUACACGUCCUCUUGGGCUGAUUGGGCUCACAGGACUUGAYAUUGCUCAAAAACCCUUACAUAGAGCAAUAUGGGAAUCUUUCUCGGUAAAYAGAAGACCUGACCGUGUGCCUCUUUCCUUUAAACUUCUCCCCAUUGAUAACGAAUAUCCGAAGGCAAAACCCAAGCGAACUUCAUAUGAAUGGUACAUCCCUAAGGGAAUUCUCAAAGCAAAAUGGAUGAAUAAACACUUAGAUCAAGUACCAGCCCUGGUCGUGGUGUUUUAUGAACUCGACUGGGAUAAUGCUCAAUGGAAAGAGAAGCAAUCAGAAUGUGCAGCUCAAGUACGGCAAGUCAGGACAAGUCUCCAGGGGCGUAACACCAAAGUUGCAGUUGUAUUGAUUCAAAAGAAUGCUCCCUUGCCACCAGGCGAGGAUAUGCAGGCAGCAGAAAGGGCRGCAGCACUGUGCUCUGCUUGUGAUCUUUCUGCCAAAUCUUUAUUUGUGUUACAAAAAACUGAUCAUCUGUUUGGCUACACUAUUAGAUUAGAAAAUGCAUUCUAUGAGCUUGCUCAGAGCUAUUACCAUGGAGAAGCCAGAAGAGUGAAGUCACACAAGGAAUUUCUUAAUAAGUCAAUACACCAGCUUCUUUUAGCACGUCACCAAAUAAAAGUUGCAUUUUUCAAUGAGCUUAGACAAGAUCCCCACGCAGCAGUCAAGCACUACCGUCAAGCUUACAAUUUGUUGACAGAAAUCAAACUCACUGAUGUUAAUGUUCUUGAAGUGAAAGUUGUUGCYGGUUUCAUAAACUACAAAAUUUGCAGGCUCAGCUUUCAAGCCUCUGCACCACUUGAUGCCAUUUCACAGUUCAGAAAACAUGUUGACAUGUGGAAGGAGAAGGCUGGUUGUCCUGAACUUGCAUUUGAACAUUCUGCAUGGCUUUCAAAACAAUUUUCCUUGUUUGGUGAUUUGUUUGAUGAAGCAAUUAGAAAUGGACUCACUGCUCUUCAGACUCAACAUCCAGGAUUUUACUAUCAACAAGCAGCCAAUAAUGCUAUCGUAAGAAGGCAACUUUGUGAAGGUCUCUGCCAUCCUAAUACACCAYUAUCCAUGGAUCCUUUAGAACAAGCUGGUAAACUUGAAUUCUAUGGGCAAAGACCUUGGAGGCAAGGGUUUCAAGGUGAAAAACCUCUUGAUGCCUCACUAGAACAAAAUGGAAUUAUUGCUCUACAGACACAGGAACUGAUGGUGGAUCACUCAUGGAUUAUCAUCCCUCUUCUAAGCAGUGCAGUAGCUCAGUUCAAGAAAUACAAAUCUCCCAGAAUGAAAAGAUACCUAAUGGUUCAGAUGGGAGAAGAGUAUUAYCACGCAAGAGACUACAGCAAGGCAUUAAUGUUACUUGGGAGGGUGAYGUGGGAUUUUAGACAUGAAAGAUGGUGGUCACUUCUGACUUCAGUACUGAUAACAUCUCUGAGGUGUGCGUAUCUAGUGGGAAAUGUACAAGAGUAUGUAACAUUAUCACUGGACUUGAUGGGGCAAUAUGCUUUAAAUUCACCAGAGGAAAAAACUAGAGUUCAAAUGAACCUCAUCCAUGUUAUUUCGAAUGAAUGUCCAGAACCUGAACCAGGUUGUGACCCAGAUGCUGUUGAAGAAGCAAAAGAAAUCUGGAAAACAUUGACCCAGCAAACUGGCCAAGUAGUGACAGUACAGAUGGAUCAACUAGCUGCAUUUGUUGAAUGUAAAGCUGUUUUUGAUUCACCGUCUGUCCAUGCUGACAAUGCUAUACUGCUACAUGUACAUCUAAGGGUGACAUGUCCUUUUCCUAUUCAUUUCAACAAGCUGGCUGUAUAUUUUAGCAAUCAGGCGUACAACCAAUAUUGCUGCAUUGAUACGAAUGGUGAAGGACAUGAAGGAAGUGGAGGGCUGUACCUUUUACCAGCCAAAACUAAAGUSAUCCCCUUUAAAUUCUUUCCUCAACCGGAGGAUGUUGGCAAAAUAUUACAGAUAUCUUCAAUAGCAUUAGAAAUAGGAUCUCCACAAAAACGCUGUGGGUUGUUAGUAUGGAAUGGCGGUGGAAGUGAAGGAAGAAGUAUUGUUAACUUCUUUGAUAAGCACGGACAUAAAGGUUCUGAUAUAGAAGAUCAGUUGGACUGGGAGUCAUUACAGAUUGUCUCUAGUCUUCAAAUCAAUCCUCGUGAGCCUAACAUGGAGCUUGAGCUUGAACAUGACACUCCAGCUCUUGUGAAUGAAUUUUUUAAGCUUAAACUGAAAGUAAAGAGUCUUGAAGAAGAAGMAGAUCCAAAAGACUUGAAAAUCUGGUUUGGUUUCCAAGAAGAACAUGACCCAAGUAUAGUUGAYAUAAGUACCAUUUGUCUUGAGCCACCAGCAACUGGGCAAGAUGCUACAAUACAAAGCCACGUCUUYUUUCAUCGAGAGGGACUGGAUGGAAAGGAGUUGGAGCAGAUUUAUUACGUAAGAUGUGCUCAAGUAGGAAGCCGGGCGUUAGUAGCAAAGGUUACGUAUUCCAUUAAUGUGUCAUCUGGAGAAGACUCGACCUCCAUUCAAUGCACGUGUGUCAAAGAACAAAAACUCAUCACCAAGACUGUUAUGCCGUUUGAUAUUUCAUUAUCGUUAACAAGUCUUAGACUUGAACGCCUUGAUCAAGUCAGUGAAGAAGAACCAUUCCUAUUGCUAGCCAGUAUCAAGUGUACUUCGCCUUGGCCCGUUACUAUGGUGACGACAAGACUUAAUCUAUCAUCCGAAGUAGAUUUUGUCAGAGAAAAAAUGGAGUCACAGCUUGAAGGAGUUUUACUGCAGCAAGGAGAAAGUGCAUCGGAGUGUUACUGCUUGGCGGCUCGCGAAGGCAGUAGCUAUCACAAGGUUGUCAAUAUUGGUAGUCUAGUUCUUGAGUGGCGUAGAGCUUCAUCGCCUUUAGACUGCCCAGCUGUCAUCACUGAGCUUACCUUCCCGUCAGUCACUGUGGAGAGCGUACCAUUCUUUAUACAUACAGAAUUACCAUGUUAUGGAUGUGUGCAAACGUUAUUACCAAUGUCCUAUGUUAUUCACAACCGUACACUACAAGUACAGGAAGUUGAAGUCACCAUUGAACCAAGCGAUGCUUUUAUGUUUUCUGGACAAAAACAGGUCCAGUUCAGGCUCCUUCCAGGCUCAGAUCACAGAUUAUCCUAUAAUUUAUAUCCACUUGUCCCAGGACACGUGACUCUUCCAAAACUCCAUUUGAAUUUACCUCGUUUUCAAACAAGYUGGGACGAGCAUGCGCAAAAAAUGAUCCCAACGCACGUCUUCAUCAAGCCUCGGAGCAAACCGGUCUCUAGUGGCAUCACGGAGUAAACUUGAAUGGUUGCUAUCCCAUAUCAGACGUACCUCAUCACAAGCAAGUCGUCAUUAUCAUUAUCAUCAAAGAGUCAGACCACGCGAAAUAAUAAAUCAAUUGUAAAUAUUAAACUUUUUACGCUAGCUAGUCUAGGUAUUAAACAAAAGAUCUAACUAUAUACCAAUCAUAUAUGACCUCGAAUAGAUUCUUUGUACAGUUUCUUUUAAAAAAAAAUGCGGUUUGUUUACGGAAAUUUACUCGGUUCGGACGGGAAAAAAAGCUCAUACGAGUUCCUUGUGAACCAGCAGAAACACUUGUUUAACGAGUUUGCUGAUUUUACGAAAUUGUGAAAUAAUUGCUAAUUUACAUAAAUGUAUUAGAUUAGAUUGGUUCAUAUCGGACUGUGGAACAAUUACUAUUUCGAUACUACUUGGUUAGUGUUUAAAGGGGAAGUAAAUGAGUGGUCAAAAUUUCA